GCCGCGCCAACGGCGGUUAUUCCUUGUCCCGACCUGGGUUCCCUUCAACUUGGCUCCAGGCGGCGUGUGCUCGCCCCUGCCCCUCUGCGGAGUUGAAUUCUCUGCCUUUCCUCGCGCUGCUUGAAGGACGGCGACAAGCCCCGUUUAGUACUUCCUUACUUAACCCCCUGCUCAAUACUAAGACCUGGGCGCGUGCGAAAGAGUGGAUGGGUGUGUUUAUGUGUACCCGUUCUUCCCCGCCCCUUUUUUCUUCACCCUCCCACAACCCGCCUGUGGGCAAGCAAGCGUCCCCAAACUACUUCUACAAGUACUAGCAAACCACUUUCGGAAGAAUGUGUUUUCCGACCCCUUCCCACCUUCCGCUCCUUCACGUGUGCGCGUCGUUGAGACUCCAACCCCCAGUGGACCACACGGCCUGGCUCCGGAGGCCCGAGCGGCUGGAUCGGCCGCGGUACCCGCUGGGAGUGGUAGUUCCUCCAGAGGGCAGGCGCCACGCCUCUGCUCCAGCGCCAGGCGGGUUUUGGCCAGAGCCUGCGCCUUUGGCAGUGCUAAGAAGCCGUCCUACCCGAAGUCUCAAAGGGUAUCACUCGAGGGGAAAGGGCGGUGCUGCUAUCACAGAGAAAGAAAGAAAAGUGAAAGCCUAGCUCGUCUAAAAGGCACUACUAUGAAGUCUUAACUCUGGUCCCAUCCAGCUUUUUGGAAGGCUAAACCAAUGAAGGCUGGCAAUGAGGACUCUAGACUAUCUAGAAUCUGGAGGGAUGGAAGAACUGGCUGCUGUGGACUUCUGAGAUCUAUUACUUGUCUUCAGUUUUACUCUUAGAGAGGGAAAGACACUCAAAUUACCAUUUCCUUUGACCGACUGUGAAACAAGAGGCCCAGAGGCGAGAAUGGACUUGCCCAAGGUCACACAGCUGAGAAAUAAAACCGAGGAUGGCAGGAGGAAUGAUCUGACUUUCCACCCCAAGCCCAAGGCUUUUAUCACCACACCUUUCAUGGAGGUAAUCAGGAAGUACUGGGCCGUCUAAAUCCAUUUGCCGGAAGUGUCUUCCACGAGUGUGUCGCUGUUAUUGCAAUUUGGCUUUCCACCUUCCCGCGCGACUGUGGCAACAACAUGCUUCUGAUUCAGCCCGUUGACUUAGCUGUAAAAAUACAUUAAUCAGAACUGCCUGGCAUCUUCCUGAACAAGACUUUCAGUAGUGCCCAGUAUGUUUCACUUCAUCCAGAAGUUUUCUCAAGCAUCUUCAAAGAGGCUGAAGUACCUUUUCCCGAUGGGACUAGGAGCCAUCAGGAAAACAGAUACACUGUCUCUCAAGACAUCUCUCCAGCAGAACUUUUUCCCUUGGUUUCCAAGGCCUCGGCUUUUGUCAUCCUUUCCGGUGUGUAUGAGCAAGACACAAUGCUAUCAUACAUCCCCAUGCAGCUUUAAGAAAAAGCAGAAGCAAACGGUACUUCCAGCCAGGCCACCAAGCACCAUCACUUACCUGCCUGACAGUCCAAAGCCAGCAUUAUAUGUAACUUUGGCAGGACUAAUCCCCUUCUUUGCUCCGCCAGUGUUUAUGCUGAUGACAAAGACUUAUGUCCCUGUAUUAGCUUUUACUCAGAUGGCUUAUGGAGCCAGUUUCCUAUCUUUCUUGGGAGGGGUCAGAUGGGGUUUUUCUUUACCAGAAGGUAGUCCAGCCAAACCGGACUAUCUUAAUUUAGUUAAUAGUGCAGCUCCUCUUGUGUUUUCAUGGUUUGCCUUCCUUAUUUCUGAAAGACUCAGUGAAGCCAUAGUCACAGUAAUAAUAGGUUUGGGGAUAGCAUUACACCUUGACCUUUUCCUCUUGCCACAUUAUCCCAACUGGUUCAAAGCCCUGAGGAUAGUAGUCACUUUAUUGGCCUGUUUUUCAUUUAUAAUCACCUUAAUAGUUAAAAAUAUUUAUCCAGAGAGAGGACCUAAGAGACCUGGUCAAAUAGAAUAAAUAUAAAACUACACUGUAGAUAAUACUAGUAUACUGGCUAUAUGCCUUAUAAAGUUGUAUUUUGUCAUCACCUUUUCCUACUCCUGUUUGGCUCUUUUUCCCCCCCCACCAAUGGCAAUUUAUUCUUCACAGAUUGUUUUUCAUUUCUAGAAAUCAUUAUUCCAUAGUAAGUACUUAAGCAAGGGUGUGAAAAUUCCUGACAAGUGCUUUUCAUUUCAUAUUAGGUUAGUUUUCAUUCAGACUUUUUAUAGUCACCUACUUAAACAUUUCAAUGUUUUAAUUGUCUUGAAAAAUAUAAAAUAAACAAG